AUGGCGCUUUCAAGCGAAAGCGACGAGACUGCAGCAGCACGCUUCGUCGUGCACUUCGACGUAGAGGGGAAACUUGAAAUGCCUUCUUCCAAAUGUGCGGGAAACUUUCGCGUACGAAGAGGUGCAGUGGUGGAGAUGGUGGUACUUGCGGGUACACAACCGCAUGCAGUCAUCGGCUGCGUUGCAGAAAAUCCGCUCGGGGAGCUGGAGAAGCUGCCGCAAAAUAUCGAUGGUCUGGGUCACCAGACAUUUGCUUUUCAUGCGAAGCUUCCAGAUUCUCUUCUUGCUGCUGCUGCUGAAGCUGCUGCUCUCUCUCCUGCAUCGGUAAUUAUUGUGGAGCCUCUCCUACAUAUCAACAACAUAUGCCUAAGACAAGAAAGCAUUUCCGUGCAGACUGUUCUCUCGCGCUGUCUUGGACCGUUCUCAAGGUGGCCACGCAUGUUUCGGAAUACGAGCAAACUCGGGUACAACGUUGUCCACUUCACACCACUGCAGGCUCUCGGCGAAUCAGGCUCUUGCUACAGCAUUGCCGACCAACUUCAUAUAAGCGAGUAUUUCUUGGAUGAGACCUCAGAACCGGGGGUGGCAGGCGUACACGAAGAAGAAGAUGAUGAUGAUGGUGAUGACGAGGGGUCAAUUCGAAUAGCACAACAAGCAGCAACAAUGUUACGACGUAUGACAAGCAGUGAUAUUGUAGGAUUCGAAGAGCUACGCUCUAUAGUCAAAUAUUUAGAGCAAGACCUCGGUCUUCUCAGUGUUACGGACUUGGUGCUCAAUCAUACUGCCAAUAACAGCCCCUGGCUAUUCGAACAUCCCGAAAGCGGGUAUACACUAGAGAAUUCACCAUGGCUACGAGGAGCCUAUGAAUUGGAUUGUAAAAUACAAGACUUCAACAGGCGUCUGGUCAGAGGAGAGUUUGCAUCCAAGUAUGGUGCUACGAGAUAUAUUGAAAACGAACAGCAGCUUAAGAAUGUCUGCCGUGCGUUUGAAGAGGAAUUACUGCGUCCCUUUGACAUGCAUGCAUGGUUCUUGAUUGAUAUUGAAAAAACGAUGCAAGGCUGGAGAGAUGUUGUUGCUCAUGGUGCCCUUAGCGCAACAAAUGCUAUUAAUGACGACGAAAAAAAAAUUGUAUCCGUUUGUUUUCGAGAGGCGCUGAAGCAAGUGGGUGUGAAACGUGGAAGGUCGAUAGUAUUGGGAGGAGAGUGGCUACUUCGAUGGUUUUGGAAGAAGCAGCAGGAAGACCAGCUGCGACGCGUUCUCCAAGACGUAGAAAGACAACUGCAGUCGAAAGCAGCAGAGUCGCAUGCAUUCGUAAUGCAGGCAGUUGAAGGGCAUGCGCGUUGGGAGAGGCUUGAGUGUAAGAGAGGGCCUUUGACUGAGAAUCACUGGGAAGCUCUGGCGCCCCGCUACUUUACCCCUCUCCCUCAUGAGAAGGAGGAUUCAUCGAGCGUUAUAGCUCUUGCAAAUAAUGGAUGGGUAAUGGGCUGGGACGCAACAAAAGACUUUGCUGCAGCAGGAGCGCUUGUCUACUUGAGAAGGGAGUUGGUUGUGUGGUCUGACUGCGUCAAGCUACGAUACGGAAAAGGGCCUGAGGAUGCUCCCUUCCUAUGGAAUCACAUGACCGAGUACUGUAAGAUAGCUGCUCGAGUUUUUCAUGGAGUCCGUCUUGAUAAUUGUCACUCGACUCCUAUACAUGUUGCUCAGCAUAUGUUGAGAGAAUGCCGACGACUACGGCCAGACUUUUGGGUUUUUGCAGAGCUGUUUACGGGAAGCCAAGAGCUUGAUCUUUUCUUUGAAAGAUCACUGGGUAUCAAUGCGUUAAUAAGAGAGGCAAUGCAGACGCACAACGCUGGCGAUCUCGCAGCUCAUAUAAAUAGAUACAGUAGCUCUCAGCAUCGAAGAGGUCUUGGUCAGUUAUCUGCUUUGUAUUCUUUGAAUCGUAUUUGUACUAUCAAAACUGUAUCAUUAGGUAAUGAGCAACAGAGGUCCACUGAUGAUUAUGAGUCACCCGCAUCAUCAGCAUCGCCAUCAGCUCAGGGGCUUGCGACGAAUGCACACCAGUACAGAGAUGCAGGAGAAAACGCUUAUACAUCUCUUUCUUCUUCGGACGAGACGACGCCUACAACCGUGUCAGGAAAAACAGAAGAAAUGCCAAUGAAAGCAAGGGAACAACUGGCAGCAGCAGCAGCAGCAGCGGCAACGUUAAGGGCAACAAGAAGAAAUCGCAACAACAGCAACAACAGCGCUCCAUGUCCAGCAUUGCUGUAUGACUGCACGCAUGAUAAUGAAACCCCUGCCCAGAAGAUGACAGCAGCAGCAGCUCUUCCUAAUAGUCUGCUGGUAGCUGCUGCUGGCUGUGCUGUGGGAUCUACACGUGGAUAUGAUGAGCUCGUGCCACGCACACUCUCUGUCGUUUCGGAAACGAGAGUCUAUGAAGACUAUGGCUGUGGUGGUGGUGAUAGUUAUAGUGGCAAGCGUCGUAGUAGUAGUAGAAGUAACAGUCGUCUUGAUAGGAGUAAUCGUGAGAGUAGUUCUAGUAGCAGUGUGAACCGGAGAAAAGAGGGAGGAGGCGGAGAGGGUUGGAGAGAUGCCCACGAGGGAGGAGACGAGGAGAAGAAGAAGAAGAAGAAACAACAACAAAAGAAGGGAGACGGAGGCAGACAAGAAAGAUUUGAGGAUGGUAGUGAAACUGGGAAACGAGUGCCACCGCUGUCGCCAUCUCUCUCACCCACAAAAACGUGUGUGGAUGCUGAGAGAAGAAAAGGUACGGAGGCACGUGGUAUUGGUGAUGAUGAUGAUGAAGUACAGGACGACGAGGAAGGAGCGUCACCCAAAAUGGUCUUACAGUGGAAGCAUGGUGGUAAUAAUGUUGCUGUAAGAGGUGACUGGGACGGGUGGUCGAAAGAUGUUGUGUGUGAAAGAAGAGGAAAUGGAGUAUUCGUUGCUGUGCUUCGCAAGGGUGUACACUAUGCUCUGAACAGCAGUCGAAAGGGCUCCGCCACACACGUCCCUUCUGCAGCCACCGCAGCCGCAGCAGCAGCAGCUACAACGACCCCACAACAGCAGCCGCAGCAGCGACAGCAGCAGCAGCAGCACUCCAAUGAAGACCAGACACCAAAAAAGACGAAGGAGGAAAAGAAGAAGGUGGGAGAAGCAGACGAAGCUGUAGCAGACGAAGCUGUAAAAAAAGGGACGGAAAAAAAAACGAAGGCGGCAAAAUGUUCACCGGAGCUCAUACAUUUCAAAUUCAUCGUUGACGGCACCUGGGUCGCUGACUCUGAUCUUCCUUGCGAGAGAGAUGUACAUGGAAAUACAAAUAACGUUCUAAGUACUGACGGCCAAAACCCUUCCGUGUGUGCUGCCUGGAAAAAGGGAGAAGAAUAUCCAGGCCUUCUACGCGUGCGUGACACUCUCAACAAGCUCCACAUAUUUUGUGGACAAGAAGGUUUCACAGAAGCAAGCGCGGAAUGCAAAGCAGCAGAUGUCGUCGUUGUAAUCAGACAUCACCCCCUCACACACGAGUGCAUAUAUUUCAUUGCUCGUUGUGCUUUCUACCGAUUUGAUAGCAACGCUGAUAAUGACAGCGGCUUGCCUGAG